UUUGCCACCUGUAGCACGCUUAGCACCAGGCCUCCCAAAAUCUGAACCCAGGUCACUGGAAAACAAAUAGAAAGCUCAGUUCAUGCUGUCUGAGGUUUCAGUUCAGAAGUAAAGCUUCUUCUAGUCUUUCAUGCCUCUUCCCAAGACAACUGCUAUAAUAAUAAUAUUUUUGUCACAGCACAUGGAGGAAUGCGCCCCAUUUUCCAAAGGUUUGUAAGGCAGGCAGGAAAAUUCACCUCAAAUUUCGAAGCUCUUACAAUGUAACAGAAGGUCUGUUGAAGAAAACAGGGCCUGCACAAUAUCUUUUGUAAUACAAUAAUGGAAACAUUAGCCUUUGUCCAUCCUACAAGAGUGGUACUGUUAGGAGCAAACAAACUUUGAUCUUUAGACUGUGAGACAAAAUAUUGUUUGGGGAAAAAACCAGCAGGUUCACAUGAAUAAUGGACAGCACUAUGCAGGUUACUUCUAAAUUAUGAGGUUCCUUUGAAAACAAAAUCCUGAUUUAAGGGCAAAUUUCUCAGCAGUCAUGGAAUUACUUAGGAAUGGAAAUCUGAGCAGAUCUCAACUUGAUGGAGCAAAAAUAAUUUGUAACACAUAUGCACUGAUGUAUAGGUAGAAAAAAUAAACUGUUUGUUCAUGCCUGAGCUCCCAAUCCAGGAUGUCUCAGUGAAACAAAGAAUUAAAUAACCUGCUAACUAGUAUACUUCAGGAUGGUUCAAAUUGGCUAGGGCUGGAUGGAGACUGGGCUUUGGCCCAGCUCCCCCCAUGAUAAUGACUUUGUAGAGUUGCAGAAGCCAUUUCCACUCACACAAGUGAAGCCUGUUUCACUGACUCCGAUGGUGCUCUGCUGCUGAAAAUCUGGUUUAAAUUCAACCAGAUGUUAAUUCCCAAAGGCUGGGUAAGUCCUGACUGCCUGGAAGUAGGCUUUUUAAAAUAAAACACUCUUCUAGCCUCCCCUACUGGGGUAGCUGCCACUUCAUCUCUCACAACUUUUACCCCACUUUCAAGAUUGCUGUGAGGCUUUAUUAAUGCUUGCAAAAAAUUGCCCAGUGUUUUGCAGAAAGUGGAUUUUUAAGUAUGAUAUACUUUUACUAUCUUUAAUGCUGAAAAAAAAAUAAAAUCAUAAAAUCAGGAAGCACAUUGACUGCAGUUUAUUGGGAACACCUGGGUAUAAAAUCAUCACCUGAGGCAUCAGGGCAUGGAAAAGUGAGAAACUCAAGCUUCAUGUAAUUCCAGUCUAAGAUAAUUGAUUGAGGGUUAAUUGCUAGGGAGGGGCCCAAAAGACUUGCCCUUCAUUUAUGCUAUUUAAGGGGCUGGACAUGGGCCUUUCAGGUGAGUUGUUGGGGAAGGUGAGUCUGAAAAGAGGUGGGAAGCUGUGAUACCUUUUACUAUGGAAGUCUAGUGUAUUUCUUCAUAGAGCAAUUAUUGUUGGAGAUCUAAUUAAAAUCUCUCUACUGUUUUAUGGUGGUGCUGUGUUCUUGGUUUGGUUUUUUUUCUUGUUUGGGGUUUUUUUAAGGUAUCUUAUUCUGAGACACUGUUACUUGUAGAAAUAAUCAUUUGGUGAUCUGAAAGCUUAAUGUAUGUUUCUAACAAAAAAAAGAAAAAAAUCCUGCUGUUACCUGAAGGGAACAGGGAGUGAUUGUUGUGCUGCUAUGAACUGCCAAAAGAUUUAUGCUAGGUUCCUUAAAAAGGAUAGCCUAAGCUGAUGCCAUCUUGGGGAAGCUUGCCCAGAGAUAGCUCCUUUAGUUUUUUUCCUCUAUGCAUUGCAGAAAGUUAUAUCAAGGCAUGGAGUAGUUAAUGACUUGGCAGCCUGGGAUAAAGGAAGGAGACUUCAAGCAAGGCUGGCAUUGAGACUGCAGUGGUCAGUCUGAUAUCACAACUACCUGCCAGCAGAGCACAGGACUUAAAGCUGGUCCAAAGUUAUCAUCUGCUACAGCACCAGCUAUUACACAUGUGCCCAUCUACUUCAAGUGCUUAGCUGACGUCUUUCAUCAUUAAAGGAAUAAUCAAAGGAGAAGCAGGAAUAUUUAAAGUCUUUCUAAGUCUAUGUGAUUGCCAGAUUAUUCCGCUUGGUCCCGAUUAGAGCUAACUGUGAAACAGGAAGAGGAAUUUUGCUCAUCUACUCCUGAAAAUACAGAUUUCUCACUAAGAGGACUGAAAUCUGUUUCCCAGUGACAGAGGACUGCAGGAAGCCCUAGGGUGGUGAUGGAUGUCUACUUGAUGAUUCGCCGCCACAAGACAACAAUCUUCACUGAGGCCAAAGAGACAACAACUGUGCAUGAGUUGAAAAAGGUGGUGGAGGGAAUACUGAAGAGGCCACCAGAGGAGCAGCGGCUCUACAAAGAUGACCAGCUGCUGGAUGAUGAUGAUAGGACUUUGCUAGACUGUGGCUUAAGCAGCCAAAGCUGCCGUCCUCAUUUGCCUGCCACAGUGGGCUUGGCUUUAUUCAGACAUGGCAAUGGCACCUUUGAACCAUUGCGUAUUGACCCUUUCUCAAGCACCCCAGAGCUACCUGAUGUUAUGAAGUCACAGGAGUCUGGUAGCAGCUCUAGUGAUCAAGCCUUGCGUUAAAACCAUCAUCUCCUGUUUUGCCUCUUGCAGAUAUUGUGCUGGUCUUGUCUAUG